UUUAUUUUAGAUUAGCAUUUCUGCAUAUCACUUUCUUAAAAAUAUAUAUUUGUUUUGGAAAGGACUAAGUAAGGAAAGCCUGGAUCAGGACUUAAACCACUUCUUCCAUUUCAGGGAUAGCAUCUAGGUUGCGCUUAUGUAACCGUGUUUGUUCCAUACCUGUUAGCAGGCAGGCAGGCAGGUGUGACUGAAUAUGGAAGGUGAAAGUGAUGCAAGUAGCUGCAUGAGGAAAUUUUCUUCUGCUGAGCAUUAUUCCAUAGUUCUUGUAAUAGACAGUCAUAUUCCCAUCUCAGACUUCAAUACUGGUGCUAAGACUCAGGAUUUUGGAGCACACUUCUAACAAAGUUGUCAGGAUCUGAAAAAGAAACUUGUGUUUUGGUGUAGAUUAUUCCAGAAUGUCUGUUGCAAUGUCAUUUGAAGCAGCUUGUACUAGUUACUGAUGCUGAUGGACAGCUGGCCUGACUGUGUUGCAGACUCCUGAGUUCCUGUUUUUGUAAUUUAAAUAUAAAACUUAACAUUGAGACAUAAUUUCAGUGGAUUACUUUAUAGGAAAAUAAUUUCUACAAACAAAAAUAGAAAUAAUUUCUGCACUUAAUUGUCUCAGUUUUCUGUUAGCCAAUUUCUCAAUUACCGUCUUUAAGAGAAGCAGAAGUCUUUCUAGUCUUUCUUAGUCUUACAAGAUACUGCCUACCCUCAGGAAGCAGCAGAAAGUUAUGACAAUUCCUCAAUGGAAAAGGUGUUUAAAACUGCCCACGGCACUAUGGAAGCACUCAGACAAAAUAGUCAGCUACUGACAUCCUUGAAGAAUUGUUGGGCAAAGUGACGGAAAUGAAGAGCUUCAACCAUCGCUUCAGUAUGGCAGCAGCUGAAUCUGACAAAGACUCUGGAUAUUCAGAUGGAAGUUCAGAGUGUCCAAGUGCUAUGGAGCAGACGGACUCCGAGGAUGUGCUGAAUGCGCUGUGUUGGAAUGCAGAGGAUGGACCUUGGCAAUGCCCGAGGACCACAAGCAGCUCCUUUCCUGCGCUGUCUCCUAUGGUUGUUAUGAAAAAUGUGUUGGUUAAACAGGGGAGUUCAUCACAGCUCCAGUCUUGGACUGUGCAGCCAUCCUUUGAAGUGAUUCCAGCUCAGCCACAGCUAGUGUUUCUACGUCCAUCAAUCCCACCUCCCAUUAAUCCUCACCCUGUUGGGAAAAAGAGAAAUGACUCCACUAAUUACCUGCCCAUCCUGAAUUCUUUUCCCAAAAUAGCACCACAUCCCUGCAAAAGAGAUCACUCCUUUGAUCUAGAAGAAUGUCAGGAAACCACUUGCCAUAAACGACUCUGCACAGAAGCACCCAAGAUGGAGACUUCUCCUGUACUGAUGAGUACAGGCUUGCCUACUAGUCCUUUUUCCCACCUACCAGUUAGCUUUAAGACCCCUCAGGAUUCUAACCAGCAAAGUUCUUCAGCACUAGUGACAAGUGGAAAACUGUCAGCUCUUCCUGGUUUUCAUCAUGUUUCCAGUGAUGCUCAGAAAGUGCCAGGUUUGACUCCCCUUUUGCCUUUUGGAACUCUGCAGGCAACAAAGUGCACCCUUCAUGAGAGCGAGAGUGCAUCACAGACUACAAUGCCUUCUGGAGCGUGGAGCCCUCCAUUGAUACCAGAAGAGAUUUGCACUGCCCCUGAGCUGCUCUUGCAACAGCAAAGCAAGUGCAGACGCUUUCAGAAUACGCUUGUUGUGCUACGCAGGUCGGGAUUGCUGGAGAUCACUUUAAAAACCAAGGAGCUCAUUCAUCAGAACCAGGUGACGCAGGCUGAGCUGGACCGGCUGAAGCACCAAACACAGCUUUUUAUAGAGGCAAUAAAGAACAAUGCUCCACAGUCAUGGGCAGAGCUAGAAGCAUCUCUAACAGGAUCUGAUAAAGCUGAUAGCAACCUUGAAGACCCCACUUAUCCCAACAUGUAGUAAAAAUAUGCAUAGGUGUUGGUCAAGUUAUUUCUGUGCCUCCUUUUUCCUGUCUUAAACUUCUAUUUUGAGCAUUUUUUGAGUCCAAGAUUUGCAAAGUUGCAUUGCCAUUAAUGGUUUGUCUUCAGAGCCAACUGUGGGGCUGGAAUAGCAUGGUAGGUUCUAGACAGAAUGGGUACUUAGUACUGCAGUGUGACCUUGAAUUUUGUGCUAACUCUGUGUAAUUCCUUGGACUGAAGAAGUUUGUAUGUGCUCUUCUGGUCUGUUCCCAUUCUUGAAGUGAAGAUAGUAAUUUGCAGCAUUCUGCAAGCAUUCCCAUCUUCAGAUGGUUGUUUCUGAGAGGGCAGCAGCAGAACAGGUGCCACUGUUGGGCCAUCACCAGUUUCAGGUAGAUGAAGGGAGUUGGUGUGUGGUGAAGUCCUUCUCCAUGCCGUUCCUUCUUUUUUUAUGUAGAGUAAUCUGAUGAAUGUAGUAAGGGUGGGAGGUGUGUCAGCUUAGAUAAACUUGCUAAAAAUUUUAUCUACCUAAGUUUGAACUUCAAAAAACAAACUCUAAAACAUUUUUUUUUCUCCAUAUAGACUGACAGCAUUCCUAGGCUGCUUGCCUUGAGAUAUUGCUAACACCACAGUAUGCAUAAGAUAUUGACCUUGCUAGUGGAGAGCCACAGUAGUUAUGUUACAAAAACUGAUUUACAGACAUUUAUUUCAUUGCAGUUUUCUAGACACUUAACUGCAUCACUCCCUGCAAUCUGAAGGGAUUUUUUCCAGAGGCAGUUUGUGUAGAAAAUUGAGAGCAGCUUUGUCUAAGAACAUUAAGGAAUCUGAAUCCUCUGUGAUAUGUUCCUUUCUGUGUGACAAUGUUUUCAAAAACUCGUGCAAUCUAGGUGACUAGGUAUUUGAUUCUUUCUAUCAUCUGUUUCAGUUUGUAAAAAAAAAAGAAACUUGAAAGUAGACUGGAUGUCUUGCUAAUUUGUGACGAGACAGUCACGCAGACUUUACAUUUUCUGAUGCCUCUAGGAAUCAGUAUUGCAGAAGACUGUAGAGAAUACUUUUACAGUCCUUCCUGAAAUAGGUGGAUUAGAGAAAUUGUAAGGGACUUCUCUCUCGUAAGGGAUUUCACCCUUUUUACAUUGGUGAAAAGAUGCUUUACAUGUCUUAAAAGUUGAGGCAUGUGAGUCUUGUUUGUAAAACCAUGGGCCUGGAAAGAAACGUUGUGGCAGGGUUUGCUCUAGUGGAGCUGUAGCAAACUAGUAGCCAUGCCUUUCAUGGGAUCCUGCCUACCUGCUGAAGACUGGUACAGUAUGUGGGAAUUGUUUAGAAGUGUUGGUAGACUCUGUUCUGACAUUUAGUUGUUUUAAUAUACCUGAUAUAGUUGUGAUACUACCAUGUCUCAUAACUCGCAGCCUGGUGAUAUUGGAACUCAGCCAGCAAACUCAGGAGGAUAUUUUCCCUACUUUUCCUAAAGUUCUUAUUCUACCUAUUAAAUAGGAGAAUUUGAAGUUCAGAAUAUGUAUUUUUAGGAUGCAAUUGUCCUAGAAAACAAGAUGAUAGGCUCAGGGUACCUAGAGAUGAAAGGGAGGCAGAAAAAAUGAAGUCCAAUUGUAGCUGUUUGAGACAAGGAAAAAUGAGUCUCCCAGUGACUUUCUCCAUUCUAUUUCCACUGCUCUAAUAGAGUAUAAAGGAAUGAAAAACUUGUUUUGCAGGGCAGUACCCUCUGACUGAAGGAGGCUUAGCUGGUGCAAAUCUCUCGUAGUCCUUAUAGUACCACAUGUACUUUUUCCCUGACAGUAUGGAGGGUGGGCUGAAGUGGGUGUGCUUACAGCUAAUGGGCCUUUCAGCUGGUGUAAUUUGUAUAAAUACAUGUUCAAUAAAUCUGUGAAUAAAGUCCAGCAGCUGGUUAGAAAUCUCCUACUGGGCAUCAGUCCAGACUUAAAUACUAUUUACUGAACUAGAAAAAUCCACUCUGGAACUCAUACUUAAAUCUGGGGCUCUUUAGGAAACAUAUCCCUAGAUAAUGGGAAACCUUAACAUCUAUUAAAAAAAGGAUGUUGAAGGUCUCUGGUGAUAAAUAUGUCAUCAGGUACCAUUCUGUUCAGUUUUCUUAGUUGCCUAUUUUUCUGGGAGCCCUGAUAAAGCUUUAAAACAAUAAGGGUUUUCCUUUCUUGGCUGCAGUGUAAUAAAAUAGGUUAGCUUGGAAAUGCAUUUGGAAAAUUAGUUGACUACAUCAAGACGAGGAUAAGUCCAGAUUCUGGGCAGGAUCUGAAAGUGGUCCAGUGGAUUUGAACAGAAAUGUUAGCCUCCAAAUUGAGCAGUGAGCUUACAGGUUUGGUUGAUUGUUUUUUGUUUUAAUCUUUGAAACAGCAAGACUUGGUAUUAAGAAGUUAGCUGAAGACAGCUGCCUUUAUCUAAUCAGAUGGCCUGCUGCAGCUUCAGCUGUUGCUGACAACUUACAAGUGCGGUAGCUUGAUGGGUCAGACAGACUGGUUUUUGUAUUAAGUUUUAAUAAAUGUUGGUAUUUUUGAUUACUUUUACUAUGUCUUUUUGAAAUUCUACUGUUCUAGUUGGAAUGUAAAUAUUUUCUGUACUUUCAAAGCCCGUUGCUAGCUCUGAAUACAGUAGCCUAACACCUCUGUUAUAGAACAUGACCUUUUUGCUAAAACUUUACAGAAAUUGACUGUGAAAUAUGAAUGAAAUAAAGUAUAUACUUGGAAAGUU